UUACGAUAUUUCUACAUUUUACUGAGGAAUUCACUCUUCUAGAAUCUAGCCUUUUUGAACGGUUAUGCAUUCUUGGCUGGUUACUGUUUUCCUGAUUCCCAUCUAGAACUGUAAAUUUAGCAAUAAUCUACCGAAUCAGUUCCGUCCGAGUCGAAUUUUGUAGUGUCUGUGGACUGCGCAGUUUCACGCUGAACCAUGUCUCAAUUAUCGUACACCAGUGCAGAACGUCGAGGCACGGUUCCCCACAUCGCCAGUCGGAUGAAGGCUGUUCUGGCCAACGGGGAACUGAGCGACAUUGAGUUUGCUGUGGGGCGCGAUCAUGGCGAAGCAAAGAUCUUCCCAGCCCACAAGUUCGCUCUGAGCAUCAGCAGCGAUGUGUUCUACACCAUGUUCCACGGGAGUUUGGCCAGACACAAUCAGGAUAUCAUCCAAGUCCCUGAGAUCCUUCCAGAAGCCUUCGCCAACAUGCUCAGCUACAUCUACACUGAUGCGGUGGAGGAUCUGAAGCCCGAGAACGUUCUGCAGACUCUUUAUUGUGCUGACAAGUAUGAUUUGCCUUGGUUGGCCGACCGCUGCACCAGCUUCGUCCUCGAGCAGAUGAAGCCUGAUACCUGCCUGAUGUUCUUGGAAAAUGCGCUCCACUGGACACCCAAUUGUGACGCGAUUGUUGAGAAAUGCUUGGAUAUUGUCGAUGAAUGCACUGUGGCCGUGCUCCAGUCGAAACAGUUUCCGGAGAUCGGAUUGAAGACGUUGGAGAUGGUUCUGCGACGGGAUACAUUGUCCGCUGAGGAGAGUGUCAUCUGCACCGCCGUAGACAAAUGGACGACGGCUGCCUGCAGUCGCCAGAAACUGUAUCCAUCUGUUGGUUAUCGCCGGAAAAUGCUGGACAGUGCUCUGUUCUUGAUUCGCUUUCCCCUGCUGACCGAUGAACAACUGGCUGAGGGACACAUCAAGAGUGCGAUGUUACAUCCCGAAGAAGUGUGUAAAAUUUUUCUGUACAAGCAUGCUGCAGCCAAAGAAGGUCUGAAGUUUUCUACUGAGCCCCGCAAGUACGUGAAGUAUCGCGUUCAAUGUAGCCACAUGUGUGAGUCAUACAAGCCCAAAGAAAAGGUCUUCAUUCUAUACACGAACGGCUGCUGGCAUCCUGCUAGCGUCACCGCAGAGAAUGUGCUGGAUCCCCACCCGCCGCUGGGCAUGAAGGUGGAAAAACCAGCGGGGAAAUUCUCGCCAACCGAGAUCGUUCGUGCUGCUGAUAUCUUGAAGCGUGGCCAGCCAGUGUACGCUUAUGUGGAGGAUGCUUUUAAAGAGGGGACCUAUGGUCAACAGCGCGCUGGAUUGCAUACGGUUAACGUCGCCGGUCGCGAGCAUUCUGUCGACUUUAUGCAGCUCAAGUUCGCCGGCAAACAGGUGGACGAAUGGAAGGCGGCCAAAAAGUAGUGGGGACCGUGCGUUGGAAUCACAUCAGUCGGUGUUGAAUUACUUCAGUUUGUCGAAAAAUGGGAAAAAUCCGGAAUGAUGCUUUAGCACUUUUAUGAAUGAUAUAUGAUGAGAUGAUUAUAGGACUGAUUAUUCCUCUUGUCAGUGCUUUUAUGUUUUAUCCUCUGUGCUUUUAUUUUGCAUUCGCAUCUGUACUUUUUAGUUUGCAUAUAUACAUGGAUUCAAUUGAUGUUUUAUUCUUUUGUAUAGUUAUCGAUGUAGUGUGUUUUGCUGUUGCGAUUCACAGCCGAUAAUCAAAAUUUGGGUAUUAUUUUUCUGGUA